UCAUGAACUAUUAACUUUCUAAAUAUAUUGACAAUUUUAACAUUUGCAGUGUUAUUUUUGCAAUCAAAAACAUGGCAACUGAGGAAGGUAAUCGUGGCAUAGCAUUACAAUCGUUAGAAGAAAAUGGUCAGUCUGUAACUAGUACAUCGCAACAUGCAGGAAAUAGCAGAGAAUCAAAUACUGCUAGACCCCAAAAUAAUUUGCAAAGGAUCCAACAAAGAAAACAACAAAUGUUAAAUUUACCUCAAAUGAAAAAAAUACUAAAAAUUGCAACAUAUAGCGCAUGUAAAGUUGAAGAUUGUAAGUGCAUCGGGUGGAAGAAUUCUCAAUUGUUGACCAAGUCUCCUAAGAAUGAUUCACAGCAACCUGUUAUAAAUUUUUUUGAUCCCUGUAAAAGUUGCACACAUGUCUUAGAAAAUCAUGUAUCACAUUUAACAAAUCAGUCAGAAGAAGAAAUCAAUAAAUUAUUAUGCAUGGUCAUAGAUGCUGACAAUAUUUUCCUAGGAUUACAGAAAGAAGAAGAUCCUGAUACAAAGAAAGUUUAUUUCUAUUUAUACAAGCUUCUAAGGAAAUGUAUACAGUCUAUAACUAAACCUACGAUAGUAGGUCCUUUAGGACAGCCACCUUUUGAUAGACCUAGCAUAGCAAAAGCAGUAAUGAAUUUUGUUGCAUAUAAAUAUGGUCACUUGCCACAAAGAGACAUGCAAGCUAUGUGUGACAUGGCAAAAAUGUUUUUACAUUGCUUGAAUCAUUGGAAUUUUGAUCCACUCAGUGCUAGGAGAGGUACAAUUAGCGCGGAAGAAGCUCCUGAAUAUAAAAUAAAUCAUACUCGUUGGCUAGUAUUCUGUCAUAUACCAGCAUUUUGUGAUUCAUUACCUCAUUAUGACACAUCUUUAGCUUUUGGACGAACGUUUGUUCAAGCUGUUUUUAAGCCAGUUUCAAGACAAUUGUUAGAUAAAUGUCAUAGCGAGCGAGAUAAAUUAGCCCCGGAAAAACGAGUAAUAGUUUUAACACAUUUUCCCAAAUUCCUCUCAAUGUUAGAAGCAGAGAUUUAUUCCGAUAACUCACCAAUAUGGGAUCCUGAUUUUAAACAAGUGCCUCCUACUUACUUACAAUCUGCAUUAGAAUCGAAAACCAAUCAAGGAAGAAGAACAGGUGAAUUUGAGAAAGUUACAGUUCCACCAAAUGAUAAAGAUAAUUAUACAACAAUUAAUAUAAGUCCUGGCAUGAAGAAGAUUCAUGAAAAAAGAUCACAUUCGGAAGGACGUUCAGAUGUAAAGAGAAGAAAAAAUGAAGAACUUUUUGAAGAUUUACCAGAAGAAACUGUCGCUGAAAUUGUAGCGACUAUUAACGAUCCUAAUUACAUGUGUGGGCCUGACGCGGUAUUUCCACCAAACGUUCCGCGAGAUGAAACAGCUAAGAUUGAAGAAAGCAGAAAGAUUAUAGAAUUUCACGUAGUUGGAAACAGUUUAACACAGCCAGUUUCUAAACAAACAAUGCUUUGGCUAAUUGGAUUACAUAAUGUGUUUAGCCAUCAAUUGCCUAGAAUGCCAAAAGAGUAUAUAUCUCAGUUAGUUUUUGAUCCGAAGCAUAAAACGCUCGCUCUGAUAAAAGAUGGUAGACCAAUCGGUGGCAUUUGUUUUCGAAUGUUUCCUACUCAAGGUUUUACAGAAAUAGUAUUUUGUGCCGUUACGAGUCAAGAACAAGUUAAAGGAUAUGGUACACAUUUAAUGAACAUGCUUAAAGAUUAUCAUAUAAAAAACAAUAUAUUACAUUUUCUUACAUUUGCGGAUGAAUUUGCAAUUGGAUAUUUUAAAAAACAAGGCUUCAGUAAAGAUAUUAAAUUAUCUCGAUCAAUGUAUCAAGGAUAUAUUAAGGAUUAUGAAGGUGCAACGUUAAUGCAUUGUGAACUGAAUGCAAAAAUUGUAUAUACCGAAUUUACGGCUGUGAUACGGAAGCAGAAAGAAAUUAUUAAAAAAUUAAUUCAUCAAAGGCAACAAGAAAUACAAAAAGUUCACCCUGGUUUAACAUGUUUCAAAGAAGGUGUUAGAGGUAUCCCAGUAGAAUCUAUUCCUGGUAUUCGUGAAACUGGCUGGAAGAGUUAUGCUCAGACGAGAACGAGAGGAGUGGCUAAAGGAACUCAAGGGCCUGAACCAGUGGAAGCAUGUUUGGAUAUCACUGAUUCUUUAUAUAAUGCUUUGAAAAAUGUUUUGAAUAGUGUAAAAAACCAUAGUACAGCCUGGCCAUUUCUAAAACCCGUGGAUAAAAAUGACGUGCCAGAUUAUUAUGACCAUAUUAAAUAUCCUAUGGAUCUCAAAACUAUGACUGACCGACUAAAAGCUAGAUAUUAUGUUACAAGAAGAUUAUUUAUCGCUGAUAUGACACGAAUUUUCACAAACUGUCGUUUGUACAACAGUCCUGAUACCGAAUAUUAUCGAUGCGCUAAUGCUUUAGAAAAAUAUUUCCAAACAAGAAUGAAAGAAAUUGGUCUUUGGGAUAAAUAA